CACGAUGGAGGGAGGGGGUUAUACCAAAACGAUUGKCUUUUACCUACCGGAAGCUGCYAAUCCCUCGUUCACAAUAUCUUGCAACUCGUGGCGCUCUUUGUAGCCUUCUCCAUUAUGCUCCCCGACGCUUCUAUACUGUUUAUCCUGAAUCAUGGCAUCUCUCAAUAUCUGAGCCACGCUAUCAUCCGUAGCACCGAAGCCACCUGCAAUACGAGCAAGUUCGUCCGUGGUAAGUGUUUCUCGCAUUUUCUCAUCGAGAUCAAUUAACUCCUCGAGUUUAGUUUGCAUACAAUUCGGAUCCGUGUCAUCAAUCUUCGUCUUGUGGGCGAUUAGAGAGUUUUGAAACGGAUUCAGAUGGCGAGCGGCUACUUUUAGCAGCUCGUGCUGAAGCUUUUCAGUCAAUACACGAACCGACAAAUCCGGCGUUAUCAUCAAGAGCGGCAAUCCCUUCAUGUGGUUCUCUCCAAAUGCGUGCAAAAGACGGGCUCGCGCACGAAGCAAGGAAAAAAGAUGCCCGAAUGAUGCUGUCCUACAAAAGAUUGCGACUGGCAAUCCAACGCCUUUUUCGAACGACCGUUCUUCGUUCGACAUAGAUGCUCCAUCCGGACUUCUUCGCCCUCGUCCUCCUACUCUCAAAAACACUUCAUUGUAAGGAACGGUUUUGAGGCCACCCUUGAUGACACGGCCUCCAACUACGUACUCACUCUUGUUCACGUAGUCGUCAUUCAACAUUCUAAGUCUGGACAGUGGCACCAGUGCUUCUUCUCUUCCGUUGAUAAGGUUUCCUCGUUCAUCAAUGUUGAAUUCGGUCUUGGCCGAAUAUCCCGAAGGCCAACUCCACGUGUGGCUAGUUUUUACGGCCUCGUCUUCUAGUUCAUCAUUGUCGUAGCUGGGAAUCGCAAAAACGCACCCUAUCGUAUAGCUUGACGUUGAACCAAACGCGCGCAUCUUCUUUCCUCCACUYGGUAGCAAUGUAGUCGAUGUAAAAAAGCUGUUGUAAGGAAAGUCACCGGAAGUUGAUGCAUCGCAAUCAUCACUUCCACRGUGUGGUCCGAUGUCAUCUCGUUUGUUCCGGAAUUGUUCGCCAUGGCGCGGAGGCUUCGAUGUCUUGAACCGAUUCAAAAACACAGUCCAUUCGGUGUUUUUAAUAGUCUUGAUAGUAGCGCGUUGAUCCAUUAUAAUGCGAUGUACUUCCUUUUCGCUCUCUGUCCAGUACUGUUCUUGYUUGCUUUCUUCCGAAAAGAURAGUGGUUCAAACUCAUCAUUUCUUCCGAGUUGCAAUCGAGGCAAAGGAACUACCUGUGGCUGAAAUCCUUUGAUAUCUACGGAGUAAGCAUUAUUUCUGUGAAUCAUUUCGUCCAGUACCAGCGACUCUGAAGGUUGCGACGAUUCCUUUGGAUCAAGACUGUUGGAAGCACCAUCGUCAUCAGUGGCAUAUUCGCUAUCGGCUCUGGCUCGCCCGGAAUCUGUAUCCGAGAGGAGAGCCGAAAACCYGAUACCAUUGCUGGAUGCGGGCUCUGGAACCGAGUCCAACAGCACAGAGGUGGCUUGCUCUUUCACCGUACUGGCAACCCUAUGAACAUGAUCGCGAAAGACAAUGGAACGUGCACUCUCAUGGUAUACCAGGACGGGCGGUGGCAAAGGGGCAGCGGGAUUCCUUUUGUGCUUUUGCUUCAAUCCACCUGGAUAUGAAGACAACGAAGCCGAUCUGCUGCGAUGGGGUUGAGUGGAAGAACUCCAGGUACUGCUCGCUUGGCUGCUGUUUUCGUCCGAAUGCCAAUGAUCGCCAUGGUUGGAGGACAUAUCCGAGGAAACCGAGCAAGAUCCAUGGCAGGGCUGUUUGGAGGAUCCGUGUAUUUCGUUCUCCACAGAUUGUUGACUAAAACUCACUUUCACCAUCUUGUUGUCUUAUGUCGAAUCUCCCUUUGGAACGAGAGUAGUGACCAAGUAAUUUCUAGUAGAGCUCUUUGGCACUCGCAGUUGAAGUUCUCCUCGGGUUUCCUCGGGUUCCACGGCGCACACGAUUACGAGUACCAGUGCUUCCUCUGCGAGAUUGCUCAAUCGGUGGAUCACAAACGAGAGCUCGUGUUCCCCCGUGAAUCAAAUCAAUCAUCAACC